AUGUCAAUGGGCUAUCUUGUUGGGGAAUCAGCGCCUGUGGUGUGGCGCGGACCAAUGGUCAUGAAAGCCAUACAGCAACUUCUGCAUGAGGUUGGUUGGGGCGGCUUGGAUAUACUCGUCUUGGACUUGCCGCCUGGAACUGGUGACACUCAACUGACCAUAACCCAACAAGUGAUACUUGAUGGCUCCGUCAUCGUGACAACACCACACACAUUGGCUACAAAAGACGCCGUUAAGGGGAUCAAUAUGUUCAAGGCUGUCAACGUGGACAUUCUUGGGCUUGUACAAAACAUGUCGCUAUUUACAUGCCCGCACUGCAACGGAGAUACGCAUGUGUUUGGGUCAAGGGAGAGAGUGGAGAAGAUGUGCUCAGAGCAUAGUAUCGAGUUUCUCGGUGACAUACCGCUGCACCCCAAUAUUGGAGAUGAUGCGGAGAAAGGCAAGCCGACCGUUGUGGCAGAACCAGAGAGUGAACGAGCUGGCGCCUUUCUAGAUAUCGCCAAAAGCAUUGUGACGAAGAUUGAGAUGCAGGAGCGCUAG